AUGUCGCUCCCUUCUUACGAUCCUCUCCCCCCUCAAAAUCAAACUCAAGGUCAAGCACAACAAGUCCAGCUCCCCCCUCCUUCCUCGGGGGCCGCACCACCACAACAACAACAGGGCCAAGGACUAGGACAACAACAAGCAGUAGGCGAUAAACAAGCCCUACUAGCCAACGAGAAUAGACGAAGGAGGCGGCGCGAGAGCCAUAAUGCCGUUGAGAGACGACGGAGGGAUAAUAUUAAUGAGAAGAUUAGUGAGCUUGCUACGUUGAUUCCGGAGUGUAUGUUGGAUGUUGGCGGUCCAAACGGAACCGGAAACGGAAACGGCAACGCCUCUUCCCCAUCCGCCGCUUCCCCAGGCGCAAGCAGCGGCGGGAUCAUGUCAAUCGGUCUCCCGGACCCAGAUUCGCUGCUGACACCCGUCGACGUGUUGAAUGGGCUUAACAAUCCUAAUCCCACUGCGAAUGGCUUGAACGGGACGCCGACCAGGAAAGAUUCGUUGGGCGAGGAAGCUGGAGGAGGGGGAGGGCAGCAGGGAGGGGAUGGGGGUGUUGUCAAGGCGAAUAAGGGUAUGAUUUUGAGGAAGAGUGUUGAGUAUAUUAGAUACCUACAACAACUCGUAACAGCACAAGGCGCACGGAACCGCGAGCUCGAACAAGAGCUCAAAGCCUACCGCCGACGAUCACGCAGCUCAUCCAGCAUGGAACCACCUCUUUCCGACUCAGCGGGUACCGCGGGAACAGCGGGGGACGGCAGCAGCAUGAUCCUUCACGACGAGCUGCACCACUUCCAUGGGCAUGGGCAUAUGGGGAGACUGCCGAGUAUGCCAGAGGAGGGCGGGGACGAUGGGGAUGAUCUUAUGAUGGGGCUUGAGGAUGACAUGGGGAUGGGGAUGGGGAUGAAGGGGAGUUUGAGCCCUGAUUCGACGGAGGGUGAGAAGGAGGGGGAGGGGGAGAGGUUGGUGGAGGAGAGGGGGCGGACGAGGGGGGUUAGGGGGUUGAAGGCUGAGGUGCAGAGUGAUGAUUCGUUGUUGGGGAUGUGA